CCAAAAAUUCCAACUCACUACUGUCUCCGCUCCUUCAUCCUAACGAUCCUACAGCCCCUAGCCCAUAGGCUACGUCCCUCUUCUUCUUCUUCUUCUUCUUAUACCAAAAUCUUCUCCUUAAAAACCCUAAACCACUACGAAUUCAAAUUAAGAUGUUAAAUCGUUCCUCCUCCUCUUCUUCCUUUGCUUCUUGCUUCCGCUCCACCACUCUCCCAAUGGAUCUCGACCCAUCAACGACGGAGCCGCUGCCGCUGCCGCUGCCGCUGCCGCCGCCUCCGCCGCGCACCUCCGGCACGGCCAACCUCAGCACAUGUGUCUACAACACUGACUUGGGCGUUUUCGUUCUCACCUGGUGCCGCAACGUCAUUGGCAGAGCUCUCCAUAUCGACCUCCGCUUGGAUGACCAUGAUGAGGAUGUCUCUUUUCGCCUACCCGUUAAGCCCUUUCUCUUAUGGCGCAGAUAUGGUUCGAAGAUAUUCAAUCUGAGUAACCCAACUAGGAAGGUUGAAAUUUUCUGGGAUCUCACCAAAGUCAAAUUCAAUUCAGGCCCAGAACCCCAAUCUGGGUUUUACGUUGCCGUUGUUAUUGAUGGCGAGAUGAUUCUUCUGGUCGGUGAUUCCUACAACCAAGCUUAUAGCAAAACCAGAGCAAGGAAGCCAGAGAGAACCCAAGUUUUGAUUUUGAGGAGAGAACAUGUUGUGGGAAAAAAAUAUUACACAACGAAAGCAAGAUUUGGGGGUAAGAUCAGAUGUAUCUCCAUUGAUUGCAGGGGGUGUUCAGGGGAUGAGCCCAGUCUCUUUUUCUGCAUCGAUGGAAAGUGUGUUUUGCAGGUGAAACGAUUGAAGUGGAAGUUCAGAGGGAACGAGAGGACUGAAAUGGAUGGUGUCCCAAUUCAGGUUUCGUGGGAUGUUUAUAAUUGGUUGUUCGAUGAUGCUAAUAAUGGACAUGCUGUGUUCAUGUUCAGAUUUGAGAAAAUGGACGAAUUGGAAGAAGGGGUUGUUGGGUUACCGCAGCAACAGCCCCAUGGGUUUGGAAUGAAUGGGUUCGAGUGGAAGAAGAUAAAGAAGAGUCUAUUAAAGACAAGGAGCUCGUCGUCGUCGUCAAUGUCUUCAGCUUCGUCUGGUUGCAGUUCUUCUGUGAUGGAGUGGGCUAGUACAGAAGAGACCGAGUUGCAGAGCCCAUAUGGGUUUUCAUUGCUGGUUUAUGCUUGGAAAAGCUGAAGGGCCUGAUUUAAAAAAAAAAAUUUCCCCCAUUUUUGUUAAUUCGUUGUUUGGACUGGUAAACAAAUCAUUUACUAACCCAUUUGUUCAUGAACAUAACAGAAUAAAAUUGUUCUUUCUCAUUAUCAUCUUCUGCUACUAGAAAAGAAAAAAAAAAUCUCUUUUUUCUGCUUUGGCAGUGAGGAAUUGAGGAUUGCUGUUGGUUCCUUAUUUCUUGAUUGAAUGAACAUGUACGAUGAACAUUGAUUAUAAGAAUGAAGAUGAAGAUUAACAUUUGUUUC